ACAUUUCCCAGACAUAUCUGCUAAUCAUAUGUUUACUGUUUGGCUCAUCCCUCGCCGAAUUCGAGAUUAGUUUCUGAUGCAUAUUGCAGACGCCGGGCUUUAAAAUAAUAUUUGCACAGGCAGACAUGAACUUUGUGAUGUGAAGAUCCCCCUCUUGUCAUCCUUGCUGGGACUUAGCAUGGCGCAGGAGGAGGACAAAUCCAGCCUGGAGGCAAAAUUUGCUGCCGCAGUUAGAGUGAUCCGGAGUUUGCCUGAAGAUGGUCCUUUCCAGCCUUCUGAUGAAAUGAUGCUGAUGUUCUAUAGUUACUACAAGCAGGCCACCUUAGGGCCCUGCAACAUCCCCAGACCCGCCGGCUUCUGGGAUUCUCGUGGGAAAGCCAAAUGGGAUGCGUGGAACUCUUUAGGAAAUAUGACAAAGGAGGAAGCCAUGAUGAAUUAUGUUGAUGACAUCCAGCUGAUUCUGGAGACAAUCCCGAUCUCAGAUGAAGUCACAGACCUGGUAGAGAAGCUUGGGAACUUCUACACAGAGGUGGACGGAGCAGAAGCGAAAGAUGCAGAAAAUGAGGUGGACAAGAGGUCCUUCACCCGGCCUUUUGCAAAAGACGCAGAUGAGUUGCUGAAGCCGUUCACAAAACCAAUAAUGGAAGGCUUUGGGGAUCUGUGGGAUGAUAUACAAAACAUCCAAGACAAAGAAAGCAAUGCUCAUGGCAUAUCUGUCAGUAGUGAGGAGACAGAGGAAAGCAAGGGAAAUAUAAAAAUGGAGAGAAAAGAGGAAAUUAAUGAUUCGGGGAAAGGUGAGGAAGAGGCGAGUGCUGAUGAAGAAGAAGACAAUAUAGAAGAUGAAGAGGAAGAGGAACAAGGGUGGAGGAGCGCUGACUCGGGGCUGCUAAGGGUGGAGGACAGGAGGUGGAGGUCUGACACCAGGGGGUCCGGCAGCAGCAUGGAUCCCAGCAUGUCCUCCAUCACCAACGGGACACACAGCUCCCUCAACAGUGAGCUGGAAGAGGAGGAACUGGCCUGCUCCAUUGAGCCCGGUGUAGAGAGCAGCUCCUACAUGCACUUCAACGGACACCUCAGUGAUCACAGUGAUAUGAUUCCCGAGAAGAACUACCGAGCCACAGACUCAGAUAACGAAGAAUUUUGUGACUCAAUGGAGCAUCUAGCCAUGGAAGAGGGGUUGGGUACAUCAAAAGUCCCGUCGUCCGGACCACAAGCUGCCUCCGCAAGGCGAAAAGACCUUUGGGUUGACAGCAAGACGCCAGUGAAUGGAAGUGACGAUCAGGCACUCGAGGAAAAACCCCAUAUUGAAGAGGGGAUCUGCACAAUCCAGCACAACAGCUCCUUGUCAAGAGGAAGAGGAUCUCAGUCUCCGCGGACCGCCUGUGCUUCUCACCUGUGUGUCAACGUAGAGGCGGCCUGUUGUUGCAUCUCACAGAACAGGCUGUCUGUCAGCCCUGCCCAGGGAAACAUCAACGAGCAGAUUGCCGUGGCGCUGCUGAGGCUGCAGGACGACAUGGCCCAUGUGCUGCACAGGCUGCACACGCUGGAGGUGCUCACUGUGUCCCAGUCAAGAUCACCUUCGCCAAGGCAGGAAGAUUCCCUAUCCCUUGCACGACAGAAAGUGAUAGCAGCCCAUCAUCACAGUUCUGUAUUUUUACAGUUCCACAGGCAGUCUUGGUGGCCUUUUCACUUGUCUCCAGUUACGGUGGUGUUGACCACAAUCUGGCCCCUCAUUGCCCAUUGGCUGGUGCACCUCUACUUACAGUGGAAGAGAAGGAAAAUCAUUUGAAUGCCUCAAGGAUGAUCUGAGUCACAGCACACGAAUGCUUGGUUCGACUCACGUUGGUGAAGCAGUUGCACUUUUGUUUGAAGCUUGCCGUUACUUUUUUAUGCCACUGAUAGAGAGUGGUCAGGCACUAGCAGCAAUGGGUAGGUUGUGUCUUAGAUGAUUUUAUGGCCAGAAAAGGGAUUAAAAAGAGACUGGGCGAUAUAAUGUAGCAUGUGGAGUUUAAAGAGACGGUUCCAGGAGGUGAAGAUUUGGCAGCUGUUUGAAGCUGGUGCAUUUCCUUCAUUACUGUAAGCCUAACAUGAGCUGAUGGUCUCUUUCUUUACAUGUCUCCAGUGUCAUUCCAUCACCAGAGGUUUUUAUAUGACAUAACUGAGCCAACUAUUAAUUGAAAUAAACUGACAUCAUGAUAUUACAGUAGCUAUGGAUCUUGAAUGAUAAUCUCUGUUAGUCACUGACAUUGACACAAGUUGUGUUUGUUGUGCACUUCACACACUAUUUAUUUACUUCUCAGUAUUUUAUUCAAAGGUGACCUGGUAUGUUUCUGAAAACUGUGUUUAUGUGUGUAGCGAAAUACUUCAUUAUAACAACCCAAAGGGACAGAUGAUUAACUGUAGUCUUUUUUUUCUUCUUUCUCUGGAACGUGGAAACAUGUCAGGGACGUUUCUGUUUGGACCAAAUAAAUAUUUUAGGUGAUAAUGAUGGGCAUUUACUUUGUGUUAAAAAUGUGUAUUUAUUUUAUUGGUUAAAAUGCUGUGGUCUCAGUGGUUUCAUUUUUAAAGUGAUCAUCAUAAAAGGUCCAGACAAUCAUUUUUAUCUUAAUGUUUUUUUUUUUUUUUUUUUGGUAGACUGAUGCUAUUUUUAUAUUUGUUGGCACAUCUUCAUUCGUCAUUUCACAGCAUGCCAGUAGUUUAGCUGACAAAAUGUUUAAUUUCUUCCAAAAUAUUAUUAUUAUUAUUAUUUUUUGCCAGUUGUACAAUUUUGGGCAAGAACUAUGUACUGUAGACCUAAGGUGCAAUACUAUCAAAUGUUCAUAGACCAUUGUGAUAUCAUUGUAGAAAUGCAUUUAAGAAGUACAUUAUGUAUGUUUCACAUGCAAUAAAGAUAAUGAGGAGAACACUUCAUUUUACUUAAACUGAUUUUGCUUCUUUGAAGAGUCAAGGCUGCUGAAAUGAAAGGCUGUGUGUGCUUGUGUCGAGCUGGCUUUGGCUGCUUGCCUAAUGGGCUGUCCUUUAUCUUUUGGGUAAGACUUGACACUGGCUGACCUUAACAGGCUGUCUAGGGAAUUAAACAUACUGUUUGUAUGGUUUGCAUCUGCCUGAGAAAUAUCAAAUGUCCAGGAAAAAAAUAAAUGAAUAACUCAAAGGC